AUGGCGGCAAGGACCGGCGGACACGCUCUGGAACACAUGCGACGCGCCACAUACGCUGGACAGCCGGCCGUGGAUGGGCACCCCACUUACCCCGGACAACGGGUAGUAUUGCAGCACGUCGCCGCAUACAUCAGGAAGAGCCUGGCGCAGGUGGGACACACUCAGAUGUCUCAAGGACACUCGGUCGUGAAGAGGUCCCUCGGGCAGUCGUUCGCGCUGCGGUACGUCCCCGCACAUAUCAAGAAGAGUAGGGCAUUCGGGGACGUACCCAAAUGUUCUAUCGGGCCGUCGAUCGUGGAGGGGCGCAUCCUCAAUGGUGUCAAAGCCGGUCCCGCACUUAUCAGGAAGAGUCAGGCACAUGCGGGACGUACCCAAGCAUCCUUCGGACCGUAG